AUCUCAGUUCCUUAUCUUCUGUUGUAGACUUGUAGCCAGUUUAUCCUCUCUUCCUCUAUCUUCCUGUGCCAGGCAACAGACCGACAGAGGACAGCAUGGCCACCACACUCGGCCUUCUAAAUUUCCCAAUUCUUGCUCAGAAGAAUAAUACUCCAUUUAUCCACUCAAAAAUGCCUCUUCUUUCAAACUCAUCAAAGUUAGAUGUCUGCAAAAAGGACUCGCAUAGCCCUCGUAAGCUUUUCACCGAAACCAUCCAGCAUCUAAGUUCAGCUUCUCUUUCACCUGCAUCGCUCGCAUUACCUUUUUUAUUAGACACAAAGGAUGCGCUUGCUGUUGGUGGGGAGUUUGGGAUAUUGGAGGGAAGGUCAUUUGCACUUAUCCACCCCAUUGUGAUGGGUGGUUUAUUAUUCUACACUUUGUGGGCUGGAUAUUUGGGGUGGCAAUGGAGGCGUGUUAGGACCACACAGAAUGAGAUCAGUGAACUUAAAAGGCAAGUGAAACCUACCCCAGUUACUCCUGAAGGCACACCUGUGGAAGCUGCACCAUCUCCUGUUGAACUCAAAAUUCAGCAACUCAGUGAGGAGAGGAAGGAGUUGAUUAAAGGGUCUUACAGGGACAGGCACUUCAACGCGGGAUCAAUAUUGCUAGGAUUUGGAGUAUUUGAAGCAAUUGGCGGAGGAGUCAACACAUGGUUGAGGACAGGAAAGCUAUUCCCUGGACCUCAUUUGUUUGCAGGAGCAGGCAUUACGGUGUUAUGGGCAGCAGCAGCCGCCCUAGUCCCUGCAAUGCAGAAAGGGAAUGAAACGGCAAGGAGCCUUCACAUAGCAUUGAAUGCAAUUAACGUUGUGCUCUUCUUGUGGCAAAUCCCCACUGGAAUUGACAUAGUUUUUAAAGUGUUUGAAUUCACUAAAUGGCCUUGAAUCAUAGAGACCUCGAGUGUGAGCUUUAUUACAAUCCAGGCAGGUAUAUUGUCUCUAUAUCAGGUCACUUGUAUAACCUGCACUCGAAAAAUUUUCCAUCCACUUCCACUGUGAUUGUCUGUAUCCUUGUCAUUAGUAUAUAUGAUCAAGCAGAAAGAAAUACAUUACCAUGCAA